AUGGAUUCAAUUGUCAACAGAUUUACUGCUCGUCCUGAAUUUGACGAGGCCGUUCUCUCGGAGGAGGAGAUCCGCGACUGCAUGAAACCGCAGUCGGUCCCUACACUGAGCCUGCCCCCGAUCUCACAGCCUACCGCAUUUCUACGAGCACAUACAGACGAUGCGUCGAAUCCUGAUGCACGGAUCAAGAUUGCCCACGGUACCACCACUUUGGCCUUCCGAUUUCAAGGAGGAAUCGUCGUUGCUGUCGAUUCGCGUGCCACCGCGGGUGACUGGAUCGCUUCUCAGACGGUGAAGAAGGUGAUUGAGAUCAACCCUUACAUGCUGGGGACUAUGGCCGGUGGUGCUGCCGACUGUCAGUUCUGGGAGACAUGGCUGGGUAUUCAAUGCAGAUUGCAUGAGCUUAGAGAGAAGAGCCGCAUCAGUGUUGCAGCUGCGAGCAAGAUCCUGUCGAACCUGGUGUACGGAUACAAAGGAAUGGGUCUUUCCAUGGGAACUAUGAUCUGCGGCUAUACCAAGAGCGAGCCGGCUAUUUUCUACGUCGACAGUGACGGUACUCGUCUCAAGGGUGAUUUGUUUUGCGUUGGAUCUGGUCAGACUUUUGCGUACGGUGUCUUGGAUAGCGGGUACAAAUGGGAUCUUACUGUCGAGGAGGCGCUGGCUCUAGGAAAGCGAAGCAUCUUGGCUGCAACUCACCGUGAUGCUUACUCGGGAGGAUCUAUCAACCUAUACCACGUCGAGGAGAAGGGAUGGACAUAUCACGGCAAUCACAAUGUGGGCACAACAUUCUGGGAAACUAAGGAGGCUGAAGGCUCGUUCAACAACGUUCCUACGGAAAUUACUGCCAAUGUUUAG